UCCCCGCCUAGCUCGGCACACCUGGGUCCGGCCCACAAUUAAAGGGCGUAGCAGGCACACGCUGCGGUUUGGAUGCGCUUAACGGGACGCUAGAGUCUUCUGUUCGGGACGGUAGCUGCACAGAAACGGGCUCACAUGGGGGGCACCAGGCUCGGAAACCCGAACGUUUGGGUGUGCGGGCUGCUUUGCUUGUUACAGGUUGUGCCUUCCAUAAAUGUGGAUGUUUCUGGAUGCCAGCCUGGAUUUUCCUCUGCAGACUACACUUUUUCUGUAAACCGUAGGGAGCUGGAGAGGGGCAGAAAGCUUGGCAAAGUGAACUUUGUCGACUGUACAACCCGCAAACAUGGUUUGUUUGAUGUGGGAGAUUCACGAUUCAGGGUGCUGCCGGAUGGUACUGUUCUAGUAAAACGCCAUGUGAAACUGCACAGCAAGGACACCAAAUUUAUAGUCAGUACAUGGGAUGCGCGUGGCAUUAAGCACUCUACUAACAUUGCUGUUGUGAACAAACGCCAUCGAUCCGGAGAGGAAUCUCACAGGAGGUCUUCAGAGCUGCCGGUGCUGACUUUUCCAGAGAAGCGCACUGGUCUGAAAAGGAAGAAGAGAGACUGGGUCAUCCCUCCUAUUAAGGUUUCUGAGAAUGAACGUGGCCCUUUCCCCAAACGUCUUGUGCAGAUUAAAUCAAACAAAGAGAGGGUAACUAAGGUUUUCUACAGUAUUACUGGGCAAGGGGCAGACACCCCUCCUGAAGGAGUGUUUCGUAUAGAGAAGGAAACAGGAUGGAUGCUGGUUUCCCGGCCUUUGGAUCGUGAAGAGUAUGAUAAAUAUGUGCUGCUUUCUCAUGCUGUAUCUGAGAAUGGUGCUUCUGUGGAAGAGCCGAUGGAAAUAACGGUCUACGUGAUUGAUCAAAAUGAUAACCGUCCCAAGUUCACACAAGAGGUGUUCAGAGGAUCUGUCAGGGAGGGUGUGCAGCCAGGCACGCGGGUGAUGGCUGUAUCUGCAACAGAUGAUGAUGAUGGUAUAGAAACCCUGAAUGGUGUCAUUUCCUAUUCAAUUCUGAAGCAGGAUCCUGAGCAACCAACUCCUAAUUUGUUUACGAUAAACCGAGAAACUGGAGUAAUUAGCUUGAUUGGGACGGGUUUGGACAGAGAGAAAUUUCCAGAAUACAUACUUACUGUGCAAGCUGCCGAUCUGGAUGGUGCAGGACUGAGUACGGAGGGGAAAGCUAUUAUAGAGAUCACCGACGCAAACGACAAUGCUCCAAUUUUUGAUCCAAAAACUUAUACAGCACUGGUCCCAGAGAGUGAAGUUGGUUUUGAAGUUCAGAGACUGUCUGUUACAGACUUGGAUCAGCCUGGAACUGCUGCAUGGCAGGCAGUCUACAAGAUUAGGGUUAAUGAAGGAGGGUUUUUUAAUAUUACCACGGAUCCAGACUCUAAUCAAGGAAUACUAACAACUGCUAAGGGUCUUGAUUUUGAGCAGAGGAAGCAGUAUGUGCUACAAAUCACUGUAGAAAAUGCUGAACCUUUCUCUGUUCCGCUACCAACCUCUACUGCUACUGUAACUGUGAUGGUGGAGGAUGUCAAUGAAGCCCCGUUCUUUGUGCCAGUUGUCAGCAAAAUAGAUGUUUCUGAGGACCUUACACGUGGCCAGCAAAUUGUUUCUCUUGUAGCCCAGGACCCUGAUAAGCAACAGAAACAAAAGUUAAGCUAUGUCAUUGGCAAUGACCCAGCUCGCUGGCUUACUGUAAAUAAGGACACUGGCAUUGUCACUGGAAAUGGCAACUUGGAUCGUGAGUCGGAGUAUGUCAAGAACAAUACAUAUUCAGUCAUCAUGCUGGUAACAGAUGAUGGUGUUCCAGUUGGCACUGGCACCGGGACACUCAUUCUGCAUGUGCUGGAUGUCAAUGACAACGGCCCUGUUCCCAGCCCUCGAGUCUUCACCAUGUGUGAUCAGAAUCCUGAGCCCCAAGUAUUAACAAUCACUGAUGCUGACAUCCCUCCAAACACCUACCCGUACAACGUUUCACUUUCGCAUGGCUCUGAUUUAAUAUGGAAGGCUGAACUUGACAGUAAAGGAACAUCAAUGCGUCUCAGUCCAACUCAGCAGCUGAAGAAAGGAGAUUACAGCAUUUAUGUGCUUCUGUCUGAUGCGCAAAAUAAUCAGCAGCUGACUGUGGUGAACGCUACAGUGUGCAACUGUGAGGGAAAAGCAAUAAAAUGCCAGGAAAAACUUGUUGGCGGUUUUGAUCUGCCGAUUAUCCUUGUGAUCUUGGGCUCGGUCUUGGCUCUGUUAAUCCUAUUCUUGCUGCUACUUCUGUUCCUGAAGAGAAAGAAGGUUGUGAAGGAGCCACUGCUUUUGCCAGAGGAUGAUACCAGGGACAAUAUAUUCUAUUAUGGAGAGGAAGGUGGUGGGGAGGAAGACCAGGAUUAUGACUUGAGCCAGCUGCACAGAGGCCUAGAUUCCCGUCCAGACAUAAUGAGGAAUGAUGUGGUCCCCACACUGAUAUCUGCUCCGCAUUACAGAGCUCGGCCUUCAAACCCGGAUGAAAUUGGUAACUUCAUUGAAGAGAACUUGGAUGCAGCUGACAAUGACCCCACUGCUCCCCCAUAUGAUUCUCUUUUAGUGUUUGAUUAUGAAGGCAGUGGCUCCGAGGCCGCAUCGCUCAGCUCACUGAACUCUUCCAACUCAAAUGAUGAACAUAAUUACAACUAUCUGAAUGACUGGGGCCCUCGCUUCAGAAAGUUAGCAGAUAUGUAUGGUGGAGAUGAUGAUGACGAGUAGAUUUAGGAAUUAAAUAGAACUUUUGGUCCCUCUGAAUGGACCUGAUUCCACACUUAACCUUUGCUGCAAGCUGUUUAAAGUUCUAUAAUUGCAAGCAUUCUCGGAUUUCUCUGGGGCCGCUGCUGCUUAUAAGUUUCAAUUUCUGGAUGGCAAAGAUCAUUUAGGAGCCAAGUAAAGCCAUGAAAGGGCUACAGAGGCUUAUUAAGAACGGAAUCCACACAUGCCUUGACAGAAUGUUCUGAUGUUGUCUCAAGUCAAGAUAUUAUCCCAGUGCCUUUUUGAUGUGCUCUGUAAUCUACCAAACAUUUUGUGGACCCCUGUCCUGUCCCAUUACAGGGUGCACUUUUUCAUCACAUCCCUGGACCUAAAAUCUGUUUUUUGUUUUGUUUUUUUUUAUCUCCUCUCCCCUGCCAAGUUCAGUUGACUUACAACUGUUUGGCUCUAAGGAUGGCUAUGAACAAUGUUUUGGUUUUUAGAUUUUUGAACUUCUUUUUAAAACACUGGACAUGAACAGCCAUACUGGUUUGUGUGAAUACACUGGGGACAUUAAAGUGUUGUAGUUGAAGCAUAUUACCACCUUUUAAAUAUGUGCCUUUCUACAGUCUCUGCAUGGCUACUUCUGCUUAUUUGAAAAUCCUUGCAUCAUCCACUUGUGAGCAUAUGUAGUUUCAUGUUGAGUAAUGUGAAGCCUGAAGACCGCCAAUAUAUAAUAAAUUGAUUUGUGGCAUAAUGCGAAGGGUCAUCAAAACUUGCUCUUUGCGAUCUGCAUUAGCAUUUAUGGUAAAUUAAUAUCCACUAUUUGCCUUGUGAUGCGUGGGGCCAGUCUGAAUAAAUCUUCAUAUUCUAACUAAAUCUGUAGCACUGGCAAAUCCACUUAUGCUUCUUAGACCACCUUUUCCGUUUGAAUUUAGCAAUGUCAUUUUAUUCCUUUCACUGUACUAUUUUUCAGAAUAUUUAUGAGAAAUAAAUAGUUUUGUACUUCAUCACAAACAGCUGUAUAAUACCUGACAUUUUUAUUAAAGGUCUUUUGUUGUUUUUGGAAAA